AUGAGGAUAGGGUGUGACCCUGUAUUGGGACCAUGUGGUUUGCGCAGCGUUCUUCCGUAUUUUGUAAUCCAGCCACAUGUUCAAUCUUGCCGGGACGACAAUCAUGACAGGGAGUGUAGUUGA